AUCUUCUCUCUCGAUAUCAAACGUCAACAAAUCAUAAAUCAAAUCAUGUGAACUCGAAUGUGAACCACAUCUGAACCCGACAUCUCGGCUUUUAAUAGCAGAUAUGCUCCUCUUCCCGGCUGAAGAGUAUCUAUUUGAAAUUUAAGGAUAUCGUUUCGAUUAAAAGUUGUCGCUAUCUACUUCGAGGCACGCUCUCUGUCACCGACUAUCAAAAUGACUUCUAUAAUUAGACUUCAAGCACUCUCUGGAGCUAUGGAUGAGUCCCCUCAUUGUUACAUAUUACAAGUAGAUAAUUUUGUUUUCCUGCUGGACUGUGGUUGGAAUGAAAAUUUCGAUAUGACGUUUAUGAAUGAAUUGAAGAGACAUGUGAGUCACAUAGACGCAGUAUUAAUCACCUAUCCUGAUCCACUCCAUCUAGGAGCUUUACCCUACCUUGUCGGCAAAUGUAAUCUCAACUGUCCUGUCUAUGCUACCAUUCCAGUCUAUAAGAUGGGACAAAUGUUCAUGUACGAUUUAUAUCAGUCAAGAUAUAAUCAAGAAGAUUUCACAGUUUUUGACUUAGAUGAUGUUGAUGCUGCAUUUGAUAAAAUGAUCCAGUUGAAAUAUAAUCAAUCUGUACAAAUGAAAGGCAAAGGAAUUGGCAUUACCAUCACACCACUUCUAGCAGGUCACAUGAUUGGCGGCACCAUUUGGAAAAUUAUGAAAGUUGGAGAGGAAGACAUCAUCUAUUCAGUUGACUUUAAUCAUAAAAAAGAACGUCAUUUGAAUGGCUGUGAUUUUGAGAAACUUGGUCGGCCAUCGUUGUUAAUUACAGAUGCAUAUAAUGCGACUUAUCAGCAAGAGAGGAGGCGUAUUCGAGACGAAAAACUCAUGACUAACAUUCUGCAAACCUUAAGAGAGAAAGGCAAUGUGUUGGUAGCAGUUGAUACUGCUGGUCGCGUAUUGGAAUUAGCGCAUAUGCUUGAUCAAUUGUGGCGCAAUGCAGAAUCUGGUCUUGUCGGCUUCUCAUUGGUACUUCUGAAUAAUGUGUGUUAUAAUGUGAUAGAAUUUGCUAAAUCUCAGAUUGAAUGGAUGAGUGAAAAGCUCAUGAGGUCCUUUGAGGGCCUUAGAAGUAAUCCUUGUCAAUUCAAACAUCUAAGGCUGUGUCAUAGUCUGAUGGAACUAAACAAAGUCCCUAGUCCGAAAGUAGUUCUUGCAAGUACACCUGAUAUGGAAUCUGGAUUCUCCAGAGAACUCUUUUUACAAUGGUGUGCAAACCCUAGUAAUAGCAUUAUCUUAACAUCCAGAACUUCACCUGGAACGUUAGCUAGGAAGUUAAUUGACUUACAUCAAACUGGUAAAAGGUCCUUUUCUCUGCAAAUCAAGAAAAGGGUUCGCUUAGAAGGUGCAGAAUUAGACGCGUAUUUAAGGAAACAAGCUAAACAUCAAACAAAGCCUCAGGAAACAGUCGUAAGUUCAGACUCAGAAGAUGAUCAGCCCAUAAGUGGAGAAAGGGAUGGAAGGAGGGAUAGUCUUGGCUCAGAGAAAAUUCAGGAGAGCUUCGUCAAAACAACUAAGAAGCAAUACCCAAUGUUUCCAUACCACGAAGAGAAAUUAAAAUAUGAUGAUUAUGGUGAAAUUGUCAAAUUAGACCUGUACAAGAUGAAUGACACCAAAACUAAUGUUGACGAUGAAGCAAAUCAGGAAGAAGAGGAAACUUUAGAGGAUAUUCAUGAAGUUCCUUCAAAAUGUAUCCAGUACAGUAGAACAGUCAAUGUGCUUUGUCAGAUAGAGUAUAUAGAUUUUGAAGGUCGUUCCGAUGGAGAAUCUCUGACAAAAAUUAUCGGACAGUUACGACCGAGGCGCUUAAUUCUUGUCAGAGGUUUGCCUGAAAACAUAAGUCAUGUUGCAAACCAUGCCAAAACAUACCUCAAAGAAACUGCAGUUUAUAUUCCUACCAAAGGAGAAAUGCUCGACGUAACUACAGAGAGUCAUAUUUACCAGAUUCGGUUAACAGAUGCGUUAGUCUCAAGUUUAGAAUUCCAAAAAGGGAAAGAUGCAGAGUUAUCUUGGAUUGAUGCUCGUGUGACAGAACGGGAAAACUUGAAUGAAAAAAGUAUGCAAGUUGAUGAAGAAUCUACAGGAAUUGAGCUUAAUAAAAUGUACACCUUGGAUAUCCUUCCUCCAAAUGAGGAAGUUGGCCAUGUUUCCUCCUUUGUGAACGAAAUCAAGUUAUCUGAUUUCAAGCAAGUGUUGACCAAGCACAAUAUUUCUGCAGAAUUCUCUGGUGGUACUCUGUGGUGUUGCAAUGGUACAGUUGCAGUCAGACGGCCUGAGGGAGGUAAAGUAUCUUUGGAGGGAAUUUUAUGCGAUGACUUCUUCAAAAUACGCCAUCUUUUAUACUCUCAGUAUGCUAUCAUUUAACUCAGUGAAUACCACCCGCUAUUUUUACGAUGUUUCAUCUGUAACGGUUAUGCAAAAUGAGCUUUGAAGCAUAAUCCUUACAUCACAGCCAAAUAACACAUGGAAAUGGUACCAAGUUACUUAAUACUCGAUUGAAACGAUAGAUAAGAACUGAAAGGAUUGAAUAAACUCCUAUGAGAUGGUUUCUACACUUUAAAAUUCAAUCACCCUAAUAGAUUAUUUAGCUGUUGAGGAUUCAACUCUCUGGAAUUGCUCCCAGCUAUGUGGAAAAAGAAAGGAAUGAAAGGCAUAGGUCGUAUCCACAUGAAUGGUUGCCUUGAAUGUUGCUUGUUUAGCUCACUACCAGAAAUUAAAACUCAGCAUAGCAUCAUCACAUCGUACAUUGACUCUGGGAUUGUGCAGGUGAUGUCAGCGGAUCCUUUUUUUCAUAAAGCAGUUCUCAAAGAAAGUUGCUUUCGCAUCAAGUCCUUUGUUCUUCUUAAUUGCUCUUUUUUUCCUGAAUUUUGUGUCAACUCUGUUCUCAGCUGCAUGGUUGUCCUCUAUUCCAAGUGUUUACACUUCUCAAAUUAUUUACAAUCUAGGACCUUCUUAUUUUGGUGAUCUGAUACUGAAGUAAGAUGCAAAAUCUUUUGUGCCUAGCUUCUUGAGCUUAGAAGUAAAAUUCAAAGAAAUUAUUGUCUCUCAGCUUUCAUUUGAGAUUCUUUAAAUAGGACUUGGCUCAACUAGAAUAUCUAGCUCUAAGUGUUAAUCAGCUUGAUGUAAAUAAGAAUGCGUGCAGAUUUUUUAUACUUGUAAAAAGAUAGUGUAAAUAGUUGUGGAAAUGACCUACUCCAUUCCUUUAUUUUAAUAAUAAAUGUAUAUUAUUAAAAUUA